AUGGAUGGCUUGCCAGGGACGGAAGCUGGGUGGAAGCUCGUUGCUGGGGGCGGACGGGCUGAGAACGUGGAAUUGCGACGACAGGGAUUCGUCGUCGUCAGAUUGCUCAGAUUGCGAGGCAGCCCAGAGGGGUCAGACGGAAAGGCAAGGGUGGGGACCAUCAGGCGUCUCUUGCUCGACGCUGCUGCUACGGCUGCUGCUGAUGGUGCCGUCAGCCCGCGCCCAGAAGCCAGCGGCGCUCCUCAAUCCAAGCUUCUGACCCGUGAUGCUUGCUGGCAGCCAAGAGACAUCGUCAGAGAGGACCAGGUGUUCGCCCUUGGCGCAUCGUUGGCGAGGGGUAGACUGCCAGGGUGGCGAAGGAUGGACGGCCAGGCCAGAUCGCUAGCUUUCAUUCGCUUGGCGACGAUGAUGUCGUCUUCAGCUACGGGGCGGCCCAUGAUGAAGGAAGAAGAUCUGGCUGAUGCUAUUCACUACGAAUGA